CUUGACAAUUAGUUCGUUAACAUGUACAAACUUGCCGCCGUGGAGCCCAUGGUGAAUGAUGGCCAGGCCAGGUCGUGAGGGCCAGAGACGAAGAGGGGACGCAAACGACGCUGAUUGGCUGUUGGAUUGGCUGCUGAUCGGCAACAAAUCCGCAGCCGACGAGAGAUUCUUGGAGAGGAAUGGCAUCCAGUCGGUCCUGAGCUGCUGCGAGAGGACGGUGAAGCCUUCCAGGAUCGAAAGCGCCCUGCCAGACUCUGUGCGUACCUGUGUGCUCCCCUUGCGUGAUUUGCCCGAAGAGCAGCUUCAGCCUUUUCUGCAGAAUGCCUGGGACUUUCUGGCCGAGGCGAAGGCUCAAGACGAGAAGUGCUUGAUCCACUGUUAUGCUGGCUCCAGCCGUUCGUGCGCGAUCGCCUUGUCCUACUUGAUCGGUUGUGAGGGGCUUCCCCUCCGUGAUGCAUGGGACAGGUUCUCAAGACUCGUGCGGGUGCAGCGGUGCAUUAGAAGCGCCGAGACAGAACGAACUUGAUCUCGUUCAAAGCACCGGUGUGGUUGAAGAACGCCAUGUCGCUUCUAGUUUCUGCCGUCGCCUGGAUGCUAAGCCUCGCCUGGCCUGGAGACUACCC